UAGAUCCGAAGUGCUUUCUUCUUGAGCAGACACACAAUCUCUAUCCCUGGGCGUUAGCCCAGGACCAUGGCUGGUUACCGCAGCUACCUCCGGGGGGCACCUGGGCCCGGGGUCGCCCAAGAUCCAAGCCCCCUUUAAGUCUGGAUUUGGGGAGCGCAAGCAGGAGAGCGCACGGAGAAAGUGACAAACUCACGCCUGCGCCCAGCUGGGUGCUCAUACUGGGCCAGGAGGCAGGGAGGGGACAGCCCAAACUCUCUCAGCCUCACUCCCAGUGAUAACCUGCAGCUAUGGAGUCGCCCACCAAGGAGAUUGAAGAAUUUGAGAGCAACUCGCUGAAAUACCUGCAACCCGAACAGAUCGAGAAAAUCUGGCUUCGGCUCCGAGGGCUGAGGAAAUAUAAGAAAACAUCCCAGAGGUUACGGUCUUUGGUCAAACAAUUAGAGAGAGGGGAGGCGUCAGUGGUAGAUCUUAAGAAGAAUUUGGAAUAUGCAGCCACAGUGCUUGAAUCUGUAUACAUUGAUGAAACCAGGCGACUCCUGGAUACGGAGGAUGAGCUCAGUGACAUUCAGUCAGAUGCGGUGCCUUCUGAAGUCCGAGACUGGCUGGCGUCCACCUUCACACGGCAGAUGGGGAUGAUGCUCAGAAGGAGCGAGGAGAAGCCGCGGUUCAAGAGCAUCGUCCAUGCAGUCCAGGCGGGGAUAUUCGUGGAGAGAAUGUAUAGACGGACAUCAAACAUGGUUGGACUGAGCUACCCAGCAGCUGUUAUCGAAGCCUUAAAGGAUGUGGACAAGUGGUCCUUUGAUGUCUUUUCCCUCAAUGAAGCCAGUGGGGAUCAUGCACUGAAAUUCAUUUUCUAUGAAUUACUCACACGCUAUGAUCUGAUCAGCCGUUUCAAGAUCCCCAUUUCUGCACUGGUCUCAUUCGUGGAGGCCCUGGAAGUGGGAUACAGCAAGCAUAAAAAUCCUUACCACAACUUAAUGCAUGCUGCCGACGUCACACAGACCGUGCAUUACCUCCUCUAUAAGACCGGAGUAGCGAACUGGCUGACGGAGCUGGAGAUCUUUGCGAUCAUCUUCUCAGCUGCCAUCCAUGACUAUGAGCAUACCGGAACCACCAACAAUUUCCACAUUCAGACCCGGUCUGACCCAGCUAUUCUGUACAACGAUAGAUCUGUAUUGGAAAAUCACCAUUUAAGUGCAGCCUAUCGCCUUCUGCAAGAGGAUGAGGAAAUGAAUAUAUUGAUCAACCUCUCAAAGGAUGACUGGAGGGAGUUUCGGACUUUGGUAAUUGAGAUGGUGAUGGCCACGGAUAUGUCCUGUCAUUUCCAACAAAUCAAAGCGAUGAAGACUGCUCUCCAGCAGCCGGAAGCAAUAGAAAAACCGAAAGCAUUAUCCCUGAUGUUGCACACAGCAGACAUUAGCCAUCCAGCAAAAGCGUGGGAGCUCCAUCAUCGCUGGACGAUGUCACUCCUGGAGGAGUUCUUCAGACAGGGUGACAGAGAAGCAGAGCUGGGGCUGCCUUUUUCUCCUCUGUGUGACCGAAAGUCAACCAUGGUUGCUCAGUCACAAGUAGGUUUUAUUGAUUUCAUUGUGGAACCCACCUUCACUGUGCUCACGGACAUGACUGAAAAGAUCGUGAGUCCGUUAAUUGAUGAGACCUCCCAAACUGGUGGGACAGGACAGAGGCGAUCGAGUUUGAACAAUAUCAGUUCAGCAGGUGCAAAGCGGUCGGGUGUCAAGAGCACUGGCUCAGAAGGAAGUGCCCCAAUCAACAAUUCCGUCAUCCCUGUUGACUAUAAGAGUUUUAAAGCCACAUGGACUGAGGUGGUGCACAUCAACCGGGAGCGAUGGAGGGCCAAGGUGCCCAAAGAGGAGAAGGCCAAGAAGGAAGCAGAGGAAAAGGAUCGCCUGGCCGCAGAGGAGAAGCAAAAGGAGAUGGAAGCCAAAAGCCAGACUGAAGGCGCAGCUGGCAAAGCUGAGAAAAAGACGUCGGGGGAAGCUAAGAAUCAAGUCAGUGGAACCCGCACAAACAGAAGCGACAAGCCUCUGGGGAAGAAUUCCAAAGCUGAGAAGCCGUCAGGAGAAAAGCAACAGAAUGGUGACUUGAAAGAUGGUAAAAAUAAGACAGACAAGAAGGAUCAAUCAAAUGUCGGAAAUGAUGCAAAGAAAACAGAUGAUUCAGAAGAGUAAAAACACCUCAUAUACAAUCAAAGAGGCUGCCAAUGUCUUGCAUCAUUUUAGCUGAGCUUCUUCAUUCUCCUUCUUCCACAAAGACCCCUAUCUGGGGAAGGUGUACAACUUUCAAAAACAAGCCCCCACACUUGGCCUUCUCUCAUGCCAUCUCCUCCCAGGAGAUGACUCUCUUGGAGCUGGUUCCAGGUCUUAGAGCUCUGGGGGAUUUCCCCCCAAGCAAACAAAACAACUUCAGAUUUUUGCACAAACAGAAACAAAACAUGAAGGGACUUCCUCAGAAUCCUUUGCUAAUGCCCUGGCUUUCAAGGCACCUGUCUGGCCUGAUGAGAAUGGACAUCCUGGAUGUGCUGAGAGAGGCUUGAAAAAGCCACACACUCAGUAAUUGCCAUUUCAUUACUGUCAAUGCCAUUACUUUAAAUGUUGUUAUUUUUACACUGGCUGCUGAUGGUGGAUACAGCCAUGCUGGCCUUCAUCACAGCUAAGAUGAUGAUUCUAGUCUCUGGUUGUUCCUUUCCUGAGUCAGGAACAUUCUUUUUCUGCAGUUUCCUUUCAGACUUAAAAAUUGUUCUUAUGCUUUUCUUUCCAUUUAUACACUAUGAAAUUCUUUUUGUUUUAUAAAAAAGGAGAUUUUCCUAUAGGAA